CUAAGUUGACCAAUGGCGCGGAGGUGGGGCUGUCAGAUUUCCAGACGCGUCGGCGCGUCUUCCAAUAUAUUCAACCUCCCCUCAUCCAAGGCGUCAAUCUGCAAAAACUCCCCGCACUACAUUGCCACCUUCGAAAUGAACUACAACGCCUAUGAAUCAAACACGACCUAUGGCGCCGGCGGUGGCGGAGGCGGCUUCAUGGCGGAGGGUAGCCAGAACAGUCCCAGCGGACAGCAAUCAGGCGCCAGACAGCCCGAACGCCUUCGCCCGCUCACAAUCAAGCAAAUCAUGGACGGCCAUCAGGACGCUGAAGGUUUCAAGAUCGACAAUAAUCUCGUUGUAACAGCCGCUGUGGUCGGCCAAAUACGGAACGUCGCCGUACAAACAACCCACAUCACGUACAAGAUAGACGAUGGUACAAGCACUAUCGAAGUCAAGAUGUGGAGGGACGCAGAUGCGGAGGAACCCAAUCCCAACCUUGUAGAGGGAGCAUAUUGCAGGGUGUGGGGGAAGAUCAACAACUAUAACGACAAGAGAAAUCUCAUCUCGAACAUGAUCCGGCCUGUAACGGACCAUAACGAAAUUGCGUGGCACCUACUAAACGUUACAGCUGUACAUGCAUACUACAUUAGAGGUCCAUUGAACAGCAAGACAGGGGCUGGAGCUGGAGCUGGAGCUGGAGCUGAAGCUAAUCAGGGUCUGUCCAAUAGAGCCCAGGAACAACCGGUUGGAGAAUUGGCGAAGUUCAGCGCUACUACAAGGAAAGUGUAUCAGUACUUGAGGAAGGCACCACAGUCAAACGAGGGUCUGGAUGUGCAAGACAUUGCAGCUGGGCUAGGCAUAGAUACUGGUCUGGUGUCAGAUGCUGGUGAUGAACUCCUUGAAGGGGGUCUCAUCUAUACUACUGUCGACGACAACACAUGGGCUGUUUUGGAAGAGCAGUAA